UGAGACUCUCAACCCCGGCUUUUGUAGCAGAUUGAAGAGAGUCGGUGCUAAGCAAAUAACGGAUGAGCAUCUUAGAUCAACCCUGUAUUAUAUUCAACCUACCUUUGAUGUGCGGGACCAAGAGCUGGCAACCUAAACCUGCUGAAGCAGACGACAAUGCCUGAAGAGGGUGAGGUGGCCUUCUCGUGGACUGGGGCCGGAGUGUCGGGGUGGUGGUUGCGCCCUUGAGUAUUGGUUUGGGAUACAUUCUCUUGUUUGGUCACAUCUAAAGUUUACUACGGCUUCAGAAAACCCAGACGACGGUGUGUGUGAGUGUCCGUGGAAGCAGCUAUGGUACUACAGGUAGUCUGAAGUUACAGCCAUUGGGCCUGCGAAAUGAAAGCAUGCCACAGACACCAAUAUUUCCCAGCAUGCUUGGCACUGCCUGUAGUGGACAGGUACAGCCGGAGAUGGGGGAGCAAUGUGGAGAUCCAGUAUAUCAAGAUGGAUGUUUGGUGUCUGGGUCCUUGGAAGCCUUGAUUGAACGUCUGGUGCCUACGGUGGAUUACUAUCCGGAUAGAACCUACAUCUUCACCUUCCUGCUGAGUGCACGUGUGUUCAUCCACCCCCAUGAGAUUCUCGCAAAAGUGGGACAGAUCUGCAUCAAACAGAAACAACAGCUGGAAGCUGGAACAGAAGCGGACAAGGCUAAACUCAAGUCUUUUGCUGCUAAGAUCAUCCAGUUGCUGAGGGAAUGGACUGAGACGUUUCCUUUCGACUUCCAGGAUGAAAGAUCCAGAAAGGAGCUGAAGGAGAUCGCACAAAGGAUCACACAAUGUGAUGAGGAGAAUGGUACAAUCAAGAAGAGUAUAAGUCAGAUGACCCAGAAUGUGCUGCUAGCCCUUUCCACACGGGGACAGUAUCAGGAAAUUCGAGAGAAGAUCCGACAGCCAGUGACAGACAAAGGGACAAUUCUUAAAGCCAAGCCCCAAUCUUCACAGAAAGAUAUCCUUAGCGUGUGUGGAGACCCCCUAAUCCUGGCUCAGCAGCUCACGACAAUCGAACUAGAGCGUCUAGGAAACAUUUACCCUGAAGAUCUAAUGCAGAUUAUCAGUCACAUGGACUCUCUGGAUAACCAUAAGUGCCGUAGUGAUGUCACCAAGACCUAUAACCUAGAAGCCUAUGAUAACUGGUUUAACUGCCUCAGUAUGCUGGUGGCUACAGAGAUAUGCAAGGUUGUAAAAAAGAAGCAGAGAACAAGAGUAAUGGAGUUCUUUAUAGAUGUUGCCCGGGAGUGUUUCAAUAUUGGCAAUUUCAACUCUAUGAUGGCCAUCAUUUCUGGGAUGAACCUCAGUCCUGUGGCGCGGCUUAAGAAGACUUGGUCCAAAAUCAAAACAGCCAAAUUUGAUGUCUUGGAGCACCAUAUGGACCCAUCCAGCAACUUCUGCAAUUACCGAACCGCACUUCAAGGAGCCACACAAAGGUCCCAGAGCGCCAACAGCAGCCGGGAAAAAAUAGUCAUCCCAGUGUUCAACCUGUUCAUUAAAGACAUCUUCUUCCUUCAUAAGAUCCAUUCUAACCGGUUACCAAAUGGACAUAUUAACUUUAAGAAGUUUUCAGAAAUUUCCAGACACAUUCACGAUUUCCUUACCUGGAAACAGGUAGAAUGUCCGUUUGAAAAGGACAAGAAAAUUCAAACCUACCUUCUAACUUCUCCAAUUUACACAGAAGAUGCUCUCUUUGUGGCUUCAUUUGAAAAUGAGGGUCCAGAUAAUCACAUGGAAAAGGACAGCUGGAAGACUCUCAGGUCCACACUUUUAAACAGAGCCUGAGAGAAGAUUCUUCAGUUGCCCGAAACACACAGGAAUUUAGCUUUUUUUUUUUUUUUUUUUUUUUAUGUAUAUUUUUUCUUGUAUUGUGCAGAAUGUUUUUGGUCAGGAAGACAGUCCUCGCUGGUUGGGGGUCUGCUGAUUUUUGUACAUAAUCUUUUACAAGACUAAAAAAAAAUACUGGUAUAUAAAUAUAAUUAUAUAAAUAUAUAUUUCAUGCUUUAAGCACUUAUGGAAGAAAUACGUCAAAAAGGGAUACAUGUUUUCUUAUUUUUAUUGUUUAUUAUAUAAAAUUUAAAGAAAAGAAAAAAAACCCUAUGCUGCUGGAAUGGCCACCAGAAUGCAGAAGUUUAUACAUGCACGGUUUAAGCCUUUUCAUAAAAGAAUUAACCCCAUAUAUGCUACUACUACUAUUAUUUCUAUUAUUAUUAUUAUUAUUAUAACACAAGGGCAGGGCCCUGCUUUCUCCAAUACACUGCUCAAAAAAAAUUAAAUAAAGAGAACACUUAAACAAGACAAUGUAACUCCAAGUCAAUGACACUUCUGUGAAAUCACACUGUCCACUCAGGAACCAACACUGAUUGACAAUCAAUUUCACAUGCUGCUGUGCAAAUGGAACAGACAACAGGUGGAAAUUAUAGGCAAUUAGCAAGACACCCCCAAUAAAGGAAUGGUUCUGCAGGCAGUGACCACAGACCACUUCUCAGUUCCUAUGCUUCCUGGCUGAUGUUUUGGUCACUUUUGAAUGCUGGCGGUGAUUUCACUCUAGUGGUAGCAUGAGACGGAGUCUACAACCCACACAAGUGGCUCAGGUAGUGCAGCUCAUCCAGGAUGGCACAUAAAUGCGAGCUGUGGCAAGAAGGUUUGCUGCGUCUGUCAGCGUAGUGUCCAGAGCAUGGAGGCGCUACCAGGAGACAGGCCAGUGCAUCAGGAGACAUGGAGGAGGCCGUAGGAGGGCAACAACCCAGCAGCAGGACUGAUACCUCCGCCUUUGUGCAAGGAGGAGCACUGCCAGAGCCCUGCAAAAUGAACUCCAGCAGGCCACAAAUGUGCAUGUGUCCACUCAAACGGUCAGAAACAGACUCCAUGAGGGUGGUAUGAGGGCCCGACGUCCACAGGUGGGGGUUGUGCUUACAGCCCAACACCGUGCAGGAAGUUUUCCAUUUGCCAGAAAACACAUCUGCUCUUCACAGAUGUAUGCCGGUUCACACUGAGCACAUGUGACAGACGUUUUAGAGUCUGGAGAUGCUGUGGAGAAGGUUCUGCUGCCUGCAACAUCCUUCAGCAUGACCGGUUCAGUAAUGAUGUGGGGUGGCAUUUCUUUGGGGGGCCGCACAGCCCUCCAUGUGCUUUCCAGAGGUAGCCUGACUGCCAUUAGGUACCGAGAUGAGAUCCUCAGACCCCUUGUGAGACCAUAUGCUGGUGCAGUUGACCCUGGGUUCCUCCUAAUGCAAGACAAUGCUAGAACUCAUGUGGCUGGAGUGUGUCAGCAGUUCCUGCAAGAGGGAGGCCUUGUUGCCAUGGACUGGCCCGCCAAUUUCCCAGAUCUGAAUCCGAUUAAGCACAUCUGGGACAUGAUCACUCCAUCCAGCAAUGCCACGUCCAGGAGUUGGCUCAUCAGGAGCAAGCCCAGGCAUUGUAGGGAGGUCAUACGGGCACGUGGAGGCCACACACACUACUGAGCCUCAUUUUGACUUGUUUUACGGACAUUUCAUAAAGUU